CUUCUCAUCCCCCUUUUGCUAUGACGGAAAACACGAAUUAAUGUGGAUUUUUUAUAGUUUAUAACAUAAAAACGCAUUUGUAGUUAAAUUUUUUGUGCUUGUGGUAGUCGGAAGCAAAACAGCGAUACACGCAAAAUGCUAGGCAUAAAUGUUUUAGCCGGUAUCUCCAUAGCGCUCUUACUUUUGAGCACCUGCUCGGCGCUGUACGAGGACCAGAUUAAGAAAUUCGACUGGCGAAGCGUGCAUGUGGGAGCCCUGAAGCAAUCUCGCGUCGAUUUGAAUCACUUUCAACCGCGUUUGCUCGUUAGCACUCAUGAGGAUGUCGUGGCCUUUUUAUGCCCGAAAACCGGCGCCAUUAUGUGGCGACAGGUGCUCGAACAGAAGCCGCGCGGCGACAUUAAGCUGCUCCAAGUGAGCGGAUUCUCGGUCGAUAGCAGCGAUACGGCGGCCGCACCAAUUGGCACCAAUCUGGGAUUCGAUAUGCUCACAGUGCAGGGCCAUGCGCCCGCUUUGGUGCGUGGCUGGAAUACCAAUAUUGGAACUAUUGAAUGGGAAUGGUCCAUAAUGCCUUUGAAUUCCGAGAAGGCCCAGGAUGCCCUCUGGUUCUAUAGCAAUUCUAUUCUCUAUCACAUUGUUCCGGCUUGGCGAAGCCACCUCGAGGUCACCGCUUACUUUGCUAGCUCGGGCCACAGCACUGGCAGCACCAGCAAGAUCAUGGCCUCCUGGAUCACUAGAGAAAGCUGUACCCUCAGCGGUACCUUCUACGUUUGUGUGGACAGCAAGCAGCUGAUCAGCUUGGAUUUGGUGUCGAAGAGCACGCAAGUGAUAAGAACUGCGCUGGAAAGUGAGCCUCAGGGAACAAUUGAGGCAGUGGAGGGCCUCAAUGGCGUUGUAAUUGUUGAUGGCAAACUCGUGAGCGUUAAUAAGGAUCAGGCCGUGUGCGGUGCUCUCCAAGGCUCCAGCUAUGCUGUGGGCAGCUUUAACUAUCGCAAAAUUGUGGUAUCUGCGGAUCUCACAUCAGGAAAUCUCAAAAUCAAUGCUGCGUACUUGGAUAAUUGCUCGCCCGUUUCUGAGCUGCAGCAGACUCUACAGUUCCCCGAGCACUUUGGAAUACCCACGUUAAACAGCUUUGAUUGCAAGCUGAAGCGCUCUGGCGAUGGCAAGAGUUGUAUGUUUGUGUUCAGCACCAGCUCGGAGUCCAUUGUGGCCGUGCAGCAGGGAAAAGUGCGUUGGUCGCGCGAGGAGUCUCUGGCCAAUGUAAUUGAUUCGCAGUUCAUGGACCUGCCCCUGGCCGAUACAGAGGGCACUUUGGAGAGCGAAAUGAAGGGCAAAGCCGGAGACAUUGCCAGUGCCUUUUUGCGUCGCAUUAGCACGCAGGCAGUUCAAAUCAGAAGCCUAUUCCUUCAUGUCAUCGGUCUGGGGCCACCGCCUACGGACACACAGCGGGCGGGUUUGGUUCGCGACUCCUUUGGCCUCCACAAGAUACUCGUGCUGCUCACACGCAGUGGAAAGAUAUUUGGCAUCGACAACAUCUCGGGCAAACAUCACUGGCAGCUGUAUCUACCGAAAGUAAAUGCUUUCGACAAUGCCGAGCAAAUGCAUUUAAUUGUACAGCGCACCUCCAAACACUUUCCACUGCAGCCCCUGUGCGCCAUUGUGGCCAAGAAUUCUAUCAAUGGCAAUGGUGUGCUGUAUCGCUUCAAUCCCAUCACGGGACAGGCCACAGAGGGCGGACUACUGCACCUAGACUUUAAGAUCAAACAGCUUUCAUUGCUGGCCGAGACGGAAAAAGACUUUGUCAAGGGCAUACUGAUAUUCGAUGCCUCAAAUCAGGUGCAUGUGUAUCCCCAGCAUGCCACACCAUUGGCCAAUGGAAUGUAUCUCUAUACCGCUGAUGUGAAGAGCGCUCAACUCGAGGGAUACUUUGUAAAAUAUGCGGGUGGAAAACUUUCGUGCACACACAUUUGGAAUGCCCGUUUGGGCGGACAUCAUUCCGAGCAGCAAAUCAUUGCUGUUGCCGGCAAGAAUCCCAUUGAGCAUGUCCACUCCCAGGGCCGUGUGUUGGGCGAUCGUUCUGUGCUUUACAAAUAUAUCAAUCCCAAUUUAGUGGCCUUCGUUACCCAGGCCCCUGAUGCCACACACAAAUCCGUGCUUAACUUGUAUUUGGUGGAUGUUGUGUCGGGCUCUGUGAUAUUCUCGAUGACCCAUCGCAAGGUGCGCGCACCAUUGGCCAUUGUGCACUCGGAAAAUUGGCUCGCUUACUCUUACUUCAAUGAGAAAGUGCGACGCACGGAGAUUACCACUAUUGAACUGUACGAGGGUAAGGCGCAGGCAAACAGUAGCGUUUGGAGCUCUCUGACGGCGCCGCCAAUGCCGCUCGUUGAGCGUCAGUCCUAUAUCAUACCCGCAAUAGUUGAAGCGCUCCGCGAGACGAUCACAGAGCGCGGAAUUACCAAUAAGCAUGUGCUAAUUGGAACUGCCAGUGGUUCCAUUAUUGAAAUGCCUUGGCAUUUGCUGGAUCCUCGACGUCCCAUUGCUUCCACGACCCAGGGACGCGAAGAGGGGGCCAUUCCCUAUAUACCCGAGUUGCCUUUGCCUACGGAAAGCCAUAUUAACUAUAACCAGACGGUGGCACGCCUGCGUAACAUUUACACUGCGCCCAGCGGUCUGGAGAGUACCUGUCUAGUCGUUGCCACGGGUUUAGAUUUGUUCGUUACUCGCGUUGCGCCCUCGAAGACGUUCGAUUUGUUGAAGGAGGACUUUGACUAUAUACUAAUUUCCAUAGUGCUAGUCGCUCUCACAUCGGGCUCGUUGAUUGUUAAGCAUUUAGCGUCGCGUAAAUUGCUCAAGCAGGCGUGGAAAUAGGCGUGGCGUGUGAUGGGCAUUAUUAUUAUUAAAUAAUUGCUUUAUAUACAUACAUAUAAAAUUUUACUGCGACCAAAUAUAACAAGGGAUGAUGAUGAUGACGAUCGAUAAGGAUGAAGAAGAGACGUAAAAGGAAGAUUAGAAGCGAAGAGAAUAUUGAUAUACAUAACAUAAUUCUAGUAGCUGCAUUACAUCCAAAUAAUGCAAUCGAUGAACCAUAUUUUCUCAACGCUAAGCCUAGGCAAUUAUUUAUAAUUAAUUAUAUAGCGUAUAGUUAAAUCAACAAAACAAAUAAUUCUAAUUAGCUGUUGAAAAAGGUUAUUCAUUGCAUUUUUCUGUUCCUUUUCAUUUGUGUGUAUGUUUCAAUUUUCCAUAUUUGAAGAAUAUCAGCAUUGAAGUUGUGUGUUUAAAAUUUAGUUAAUAAAUGCAUUUGUAAAGGAGGACAAUGGUAAA